AUGGUCGACCCAGAAUCGACUGGACCGACUUCAAAGCCACCCGAGAACUCACCAGGGUUUUGCUCCUUCACGAUCAUGGCCUCAACUGGUAAUGAGUGGAUUCCAGAUGGGCAGCUCUGCCCAACGGUGCCCAACAGGUCCAAUUACAUCCAUUGGAUUGAAGAUCUUCUGGCAUCCGACAUAAUCUCAAACAAAUGUGCGGAUGGUGGUCUUGUACGGGGUUUUGAUAUUGGAACUGGGGCCAAUUGCAUUUACCCUCUUCUUGGUUCAUCACUUGGUUGGAGCUUUGUUGGUUCAGGUAGUUUCUUCUAUCUAUGGAAUAUGGAUUUGUUUAUCAAACUUGCUUGGUCACCAAAAUUUUCUAAUGCUGUUCAAGAUUUAAUAAGAUUUUUUGCUGCUAACUCAUUUGCAGAUGUUACUGAUGUAGCACUAGAGUGGGCUGAGAAAAAUGUUAAAAAUAAUCCACAUAUUUCUGAAUUAAUCGAAAUCAGAAAGGUUGACACUGAGGAGAGGUCAUCUUUUAAGCUAGAGUCACAUAGUAGCCAGUCAGUUGAUAGGGAAAGCAGUAUACAUUUAAGUGAAACAAAGGCUGAGGACACAGAGUGUUCGAACUCAACUUUACCUGAACUACGUUCCGGAGUGAAUAAGAGUUAUUAUGGACCACCCAUGCUUGUUGGUGUUGUCAAAGAAGGGGAGAGAUUCGACUUUUGUAUGUGCAAUCCUCCAUUUUUUGAGACAAUGGAGAAAGCAGGAUUGAAUCCAAAAACUUCUUGUGGUGGAACUCCACAGGAGAUGGUUUGUCCUGGUGGAGAGCUGGCUUUUAUCAGUUGCAUUAUCGAGGACAGUGUUGAAUUGAAGCAGUCUUUUCGGUGGUACACUUCGAUGGUGGGAAGAAAAUCAAACCUGAAGAUUCUUAUGUCGAAGCUUCGGGAGGUUGGAGUGACGAUAAUUAAGACAACUGAAUUUGUUCAAGGGCAGACAUGCCGCUGGGGGCUUGCUUGGUCUUUCAUAUCUCCUGCCAAGAAGAUAAUAUCGUCCCAUAUGGCUCAGAAAAAUAACCUGUCUUUCAUGCUUGAGGGUCUUCAGCGCCAAUACACUGCCAUUCAGGUGUUGCAAUCAGUGGAGUCCUUUUUCAGUGCCGUUGGUGCAUCUUGUAAAUCAAAUUCCUCCACAUUUAAUGUUGAAGUCACUGUAACAAAAGACCACUUUGAUUUAAUUAUGAAAGGUGAGAGACCAAAAAUCAAUGAAGCGGGUAGUUGCUGGUAUGAAGUAGAGAAAUUUAAUUAUCCAAGAAGUCUGGGCCAUCCAUCCGAUGAUUUGUGUUUCCGCAUCUUGGUCUUCCAACAAAUCCCGGGCACACUUUUGGUGAAAGGAUCAUUGCAGCAUAAAGAAAGCCCAGUCUCAGGGGCUUUCUCAUUGAUAUUCCAGCAACUAGAAGUAGUUCUGAAAGAUAAAUUUUGUACUGAGAAGGCAUCAGCAGCUGCCUCGUACUCUAAUCGUUCACAAUAACAGUGUAUGAUUUGCUGAACUCAUACUUGUAAGAUUAAAAUUUGUACCAUAUUUUUGGGAUAUUUACAAUGAAAAUGUCAGAAUUCAACUUGUAGCAGUAGAGUGGCAAGAACGCAUAGUAUACAAUGUUUAUUAUAAAUUUUCAUGGUUAUGUGAUGAUUUCUUGUGUCAUUAAUUGUUAAUAACAUUAAUUGCGGCUGUUGUUUUGUUUUAUACGCAAUUUCAGCUUAGG